AUGGCGCUGCGCGACGUGCUGCUGUCGAUAGCGCAGACGCCGCACCGGCUGCGCAGGAGGGCGCUGGUGACGUGGACGCCGGCGCAGGAGCUGAACGAGGUGCGGGACCGGUCGGGGCCGCGCAUGAAGCGGCGGCUCGAGUGGUACGACCUCGUGGGGCUCGGCGUCGGCGGCAUGCUCGGCGCGGGCGUCUUCGUCACCACGGGGAGGGUGGCGCGCGACACCGCGGGGCCCGCCGUCUUCGUGUCCUACGUCAUCGCCAGCGUCUCCGCGCUGCUGUCAUCCUUGUGCUACGCCGAGUUCUCCGUGCGCGUCCCCGUCGCCGGCGGUGCCUUCAGCUACCUCAGAGUAACGUUCGGCGAGUUCGUGGGGUUUUUCGGCGGAGCGAACAUUCUGAUGGAGUACGUGCUGUCGAACGCGGCGGUGGCGAGGAGCUUCACGGACUACCUGGCCUCGACGUUCGGGGUCACGGAACACAACGCGUGGAGGAUCGUCGUCGACGGCAUCGCCGACGGGUACAAUGCGCUGGACGUGCCGGCCGUCGCGCUCAUCCUCCUCAUAACCGUAUGCCUGUGCUAUAGCACCAAGGAGAGCUCGAUGCUGAACAUGGUGCUCACGGUGUUCCACCUGCUCUUCUUCGCCUUCAUCAUCGCGACCGGCCUGUGGAACGGCAGCGCGAGGAACCUCGUUCGGCCGGACGGGCUGGCCCCCUACGGCGUCCGCGGCGUCCUGGACGGCGCCGCCAUCGUCUACUUCAGCUACAUAGGCUACGACUCGGCGUGCACCAUGGCCGAGGAGAUCCGGGACCCCUCCCGCGCGCUCCCCGUCGGCAUCGCCGGCUCGGUGCUCGUGGUGUCCGCGCUCUAUUGCCUCAUGUCCGUCGCCCUCUGCGUGAUGCUGCCCUACACGGAGAUAUCGGAGGCCGCCCCGUUCUCGUCGGCGUUCAGGGAGAAGGUGGGGUGGAGGUGGGCGAGCAGCGUGGUUGGCGCCGGCGCGAGCAUGGGCAUCGUGGCGUCGCUGCUGGUGGCGAUGCUGGGGCAGGCCAGGUACCUGUGCGUCAUCUCCAGAGCGCGUCUCGUGCCGCUGUGGUUCGCCAAGGUCCACCCUUCCACAGGCACUCCGAUGAACGCCACCAUCUUUCUAGGGUUCUGCACUGCAUCAUUAGCACUCUUCACGGAGCUGCAAAUAGUGUUCGAGAUGAUAUCCAUCGGAACUCUGCUGGUCUUCUACCUGGUCGCCAACGCACUCAUCUACCACCGGUAUGUGAAGAUCGGCACAAACCGGCCCCUGCAUGUCCUCCUCUUCCUGCUGCUCCUCACGCUGAGCUCUCUCGGCUUCUCCCUCUCGAGGAAGAUCGAUGGGUGGUGCCGGUGGGGGAUGACGCUGUUUGGGGCAAUCUCCAUAGCAAUCACCACCAUUUUCCACUGCACAGCACGGCAGGACAUCACUGGACCCCCAUUGGAGUGGUCGGUCCCUCUAAUGCCAUGGCCUGCUGCUGCAUCUGUCUUCCUGAAUGUGUUCCUGAUAACCACUCUCAAGAUGAGAUCAUACCAGAGGUUCGGCAUCUGGAGCCUUGUGAUCAUAGUUUUCUAUGUCUGCUAUGGGGUGCACUCCACAUACUCUGCAGAAGAAAAUGAGAUUGUCAAUGCAAUGAUCCAUCAUGCAAAUCUGGACAUAUCUUAG